AGUGCUAAAUUGAACAGCAAAUACAAACCGCCGCCGUAUAAAAUAUUACAACGGAUUGAAAUAAGUUUCAGUUUAUUUUGAAAAAUUAAAAGCGACACUUCGGUCACCUUUGUUUUCGAUGCCGGCGAAAAGCGCGAUCCAUGCCUACACACACAGAAGAUAACAAACUAAAAAAUUGAGAAAACAUAAAAUAAAUAAAAAAAUUAUUUUGAAAAAAAAAAUCAAUAAAAUUUGAAUACAUUUUUCAAAGAUAAAAACGAAAAGUGAAUAAAAAGCAAAAAAAAAGAGCGUUUAGACCUCCAAAACAAGUGUUGUUCAAAAAAGUGAAAAAAUACAUUUUUGAAUAAAAAUAUAUAACAAUUUUAUAUUGUUUUUUUUUUAUAAAAAAAAAAUUACAAAACAAAUUACAAUGGAGUUAAAAUACAAAAUCUGGAGCCUAUUUGCAUUGUUCUGCCUAGUCCAAGCCACCCAUGCCCAACUGGAGUGCUAUGUAUGUGAAAAUUGUCCGGAUCCCACAAUGGUGGAAAUACCGGUGGUAAAUUGUGACGAGGAGUACUUUACACCGGCACCACCAGAUACCAGUACCACAGAGCCGACAACCAAUGGCAGUACGGAUCAGACACCGCCCAUAACAAUUACCACUGACAGCAGUACCAUGACGGACAGCACAUCCACGAUGACCACUGAGGGUAUUACAACGGAAGAAACCACAAUUUCAACCACCGAAGAAGUUACAUCUACAACUAUGUCUACAACAACUACCAGUUCGACAACAACAACCACAGAACCGCCCACAACUACCACUACAGAACUGACAACAGAAUCGUCCACAACAACUGAGGAAUCUACCACGGAGUCUACAACAGAAUCAACAACACCAACCACAAUAACAACAACAAGCUCUACUUCCAGCUCCACAACAACAACAACUGAAAUCCCUACAACAACCGAACAACCCAAGGAGCCUACCGAGGCCCAACCACCCACACCCACAACAUAUUUCCCAGCCACCUCGGUGCCAACACCACCCAAUACCGGCACCGUCCGACCCAUUCUCGAUGCCCAGAAUCAAAAUGUUACACUAGAUGAGAUGUUACCAAGCGACAGCGCCGCCACCGAUUCGCUGCAGGAGAAAUUGGCCAAUAAGACAUACAUCACCUCGUCGGCAUUCAGACAUCGCCAAUUGCGUGCCGCACCAGAGUACACCUUCCAUUGUUACAAGGUUUUGGCCAGUGUUAAUGGUACCAUGGUUACAAAUCGUGGCUGCUCUCGUGUCAAGACCAUGGAAUCGGUUUGCGGCAAAUACAAAGACGAUCAUCCAAUGCAAAACCUCAGCAAAUGCUAUCCCUGCUCCAAUUCCCGUUGCAAUGGCAGUACAGCUUUGAGCGUUUCCAUAUCGGCGUUAGUGCUUGCCUUGGUAGCUGUGCUGCUACAACGGCAAUAAAUGGACCAGUAAAAUUAUUCUUUUCCCCCUAUCCCCCAUCCACCCCUAAUUUGGGUGUAGUAUUGUGAAUAGCAAAGGGAAGGGAAUUGAAAUCCCAUUUAAAAUUUUGAAAGUAUUUUACUUUGUUCGUUAUAAGUUAUAUUACAUUAUUAUUUUAGUUAUUGUUAUGCUCUUUUGUUAUCCAGAAAGAAAAAAGAAAAUAGCAACAACACUUCGUAGCUUCCGGUGAUAUGCCAAGAAAAAAAAACAAAAGAUUUGAACAGGCCUUAUUUUCGGGUGGACAAUUUUGAAAGCCUAUUCGUGUUAAUAAAAAAUUUAUUAGUAAUGCCUUGUUUAAAGGAUUCAUUUUUUUUUUCAAUAUUUUAAAAAAAUGUGAAUAUUAAAUAUUUUUCUGAAAAAUAUGACAAAUAUUGAAGUAAUUGCCUAGGGAAAUUUCUGUGGAUUUUUUUACAAAGAAAUAUUAUUUAGAAUAGGAAAGAUGGACAAUCAAAUAGUUAAGAUUGUAUGUCACUUCAUAUCCUUCAGAUCCUGUUAAAAAAAAGCAUAACAUUUCAAUUUUUAAUAAUAAAAAGAUCAGAAAAAUUAAAAGAAAAGCAAAUUGUUGACGAUAUCCUGAAAAAAUUUAAAUUCCCAUCCAUUUUGAAUCGAUCGAAAUUUGGCCUGUCAAGUCGACAUCAUUGGAAGCCCCUGGAGGCCCCCAUAACGCAACGAUAUACCAACAAACACACACGAAACAAACAGCAUUAAACAAGAACAACGAUAGCAACAACAAAUUCGAAUUAUAUACUUAAAAACAUAGUUUUUUAAUUAAUAUCUUUAUCAAUAUAACUAUACCCUUCCCCCUUACAUAGUCACGUACCUAUCAACUACUUAGAUGUGUAUGAAUUUGUUAUUUUUUAUAAGUCCUAAUUUAAGUAUUUGAUUUGAAACAAUAAUGUCAUAACAGAAAUAGUACGAUCAAAAUCUCAUUUAAUAAUAAUGAAAUAAAUUUAAUUAUAUUUAUUUUUAAGAUUGAAAAAAUUAAUAAAAAUUAAA